GCGGGGCGAGAAGGCUCCGCGCCGGUAAAGGGGCCGCUAGAAGCGCGGUCCGAGCCAUCUACUGCCGCCAGCCUGCAGGCCCUCCAGGCUCGCCGCACGCCCCUUCCCCGCCCGCCGCCGUCACCAGGGAAACGAGUCGAGACCGCCCGCCGACCCCAAGCUGGUUUCAUGGCAGCCGCGAAGAAAGCAGUUUUGGGGCCCUUGGUGGGAGCAGUGGACCAGGGCACCAGCUCGACGCGCUUUCUGGUUUUCAAUUCAAAAACAGCCGAACUACUUAGUCAUCAUCAAGUGGAAAUAAAACAAGAGUUUCCAAGAGAAGGGUGGGUGGAGCAGGACCCUAAGGAAAUUCUGCAGUCUGUCUAUGAGUGUAUAGAGAAAACGUGUGAGAAACUUGGGCAGCUCAAUAUUGAUAUUUCCAACAUAAAAGCUAUUGGUGUCAGUAACCAGAGGGAAACCACUGUAGUCUGGGACAAAUUAACUGGAGAACCUCUCUACAACGCUGUGGCUGCUCCAGUUUCUCCCGGUCCUUCAGAUCCAGCUGCCGUUGUUCCCUCUGGCUCUUCAGUUCCAGCUGCUGGCGCUUCCUCAGUGUGGCUUGACCUAAGAACCCAGUCUACCGUUGAGAGUCUUAGUAAAAGAAUCCCAGGAAAUAAUAACUUUGUCAAGUCCAAGACAGGCCUUCCGCUUAGCACUUAUUUCAGUGCGGUGAAGCUUCGUUGGCUCCUUGACAAUGUGAGAAAAGUUCAAAAGGCCGUUGAAGAAGAUAGAGCUCUUUUUGGGACCAUUGAUUCAUGGCUUAUUUGGAGUUUGACCGGAGGAGCCAGUGGAGGUGUCCAUUGUACAGAUGUAACAAAUGCAAGCAGGACGAUGCUUUUCAACAUCCAUUCUUUGGAAUGGGAUAAAGAGCUCUGCGAAUUUUUUGAAAUUCCAAUGAAAAUUCUUCCAAAUGUCCGAAGUUCUUCAGAGAUCUAUGGCCUAAUGAAAAUCUCUCAUAGCCCGAAAGCUGGGGCCUUGGAAGGUGUGCCAAUAUCUGGGUGUUUGGGAGACCAGUCUGCUGCAUUGGUGGGACAAAUGUGCUUCCAAGAUGGACAAGCCAAAAACACGUAUGGAACAGGCUGCUUCUUACUAUGUAAUACAGGCCGUAAGUGUGUAUUUUCUGAACAUGGCCUUCUGACCACAGUGGCGUACAAACUCGGCAGAGAUAAACCCGUAUAUUAUGCAUUAGAAGGUUCGGUAGCUAUAGCUGGUGCUGUUAUUCGCUGGCUAAGAGACAAUCUUGGAAUUAUAAAAAGCUCCGAGGAAAUUGAAAAACUUGCUAAAGAAGUAGGUACUUCUUAUGGCUGCUAUUUCGUCCCAGCAUUUUCGGGGCUGUAUGCACCUUAUUGGGAGCCCAGUGCAAGAGGGAUCAUCUGUGGACUCACUCAGUUCACCAAUAAAUGCCAUAUUGCUUUUGCUGCAUUAGAAGCUGUUUGUUUCCAAACUCGAGAGAUUUUGGAUGCCAUGAACCGCGACUGUGGAAUUCCACUCAGCCAUUUGCAGGUAGACGGUGGGAUGACCAACAACAAAAUCCUUAUGCAGUUACAAGCAGACAUUCUGUAUAUUCCAGUAGUGAAGCCAUCUAUGCCCGAAACAACUGCCCUGGGAGCCGCCAUGGCUGCAGGGGCUGCAGAAGGGGUUGGCGUCUGGAGUCUGGAGCCUGAGGACUUGUCCGCUGUCACAAUGGAGCGAUUUGAACCUCAGAUCAAUGCUGAGGAAAGUGAAAUUCGUUAUUCUACAUGGAAGAAAGCUGUGAUGAAAUCAAUGGGUUGGGUUACAACUCAGUCUUCAGAAAGUGGUGACCCUAGUAUCUUCUGUAGUCUACCCUUGGGCUUUUUUAUAGUGAGUAGCGUGGUAAUGUUAAUCGGAGCAAGGUACCUCUCAGGUAUGCCGUAAAUACUACCAACUCAUGGAUUCCAAAGAUUCGAGCUCUUUACCUGUGAAGAGAAUCCAGUGAUUCUGUCUCUUAAUGUGAUGACACUAUUCAUAGACUGAUUUUAUUUAUAAGCCACUUGCUGCAUGAUCCUCCAAGUAGACCUGUGGCUUGAAAUAAAGAAAAUGCAGCAGAAAGAAUGCUAUAGAAACAUUUGGCGUGUUUUUUAACAGCACUAGUUAAGAUUGGACCAGCCACCUUUGGGGCUGACCCCCUCCUUUGCAAUCAUUUCCUGCCUCAUUCCCUGUAAGAUCUAGGAAGAAUUCAGAUCCUGUCCAUUGGAAUCUUUUAUCACUUAUAUUCAAACUCUUAUGGGCCAGGAUUUGAUUCCUGCACUACACACGCUUCAUUAAGGGGCUAUUAACUAACUGGCUAAAAAUCUGUGAUUUUUUUGUUUGCUUCUUUUUAACAGACUCCCCUACCCAAAGUCCUCUUUGCUGCUUAUUAGGGAGACCACAACAUCUUCACUAAAUGUUUAAAUGGAAGCCUCUACUAAAUUCUUAAAAUAGAAAUUUAAUACCCUCAUUCCUUAGGCAUUUUUCUAAAAAGUAUUUGCCAAAACUGAGAAUUCUUCAUGUAUUUUACAUGGUCUCACUAAUUAUACUGAAUUGCUAUCUGGAUCUUAUAGGGAAGGACACUUUCCUUUUUUUUUUUCCGUUCAUCUCUCCUUUUUAUAUUUUUUACGUUGUGUAUAACAUACAUGCCUCUAUAUUUUGUAUAAUGAGGGUAGCCCAUUUAUAAAUUAAGAGUACAUGUUCUCACUAAUUACACUGAAUUUCUGUCAGGAUCUUAUAGGGAAGAACACUUCCUUUUCAUCUCUCCUUUUUAUAUUUCUUACUUUGUAUGUGUAACAUACAUGCAUUUAUAUUUUAUAUACUGAGGAUAGCCCAUUUAUAAAUUAAGAACACAUUGUAUUCAGUGGAUUCUAAUGAGGCUGGUCUUAAGUGGACCACUAUGUGUAUAAAUAUUUUGGGGAAAACAGCUGUAUACAUUUUUGGGCAACGGUUAUGCAUAUUAUUUACCAGGAGAAGCUUUCUUGAAGAGCCAACAUUUAAAAUUUAAGUAUAUGUUCUAUGUGAAUAAAAGAAAAUGUACUUUAUUGUGACUAUAAUUUCGUAUACCAUACUUUUAUAUGCUAAAAAAAAAACCUGUGGAAUAGUAUAGCAAAUACUGUUUUCAAAUACAAGCACUGAGUCCAUAUAAAGUUUGCUUUUCCUUUGACAUACAUUUAGAUCUAUUUAGGAUCCUUUUGAGGGGCUAUCAAAAAAAGUUUACAAACUUAAGUAGAAAAAAAAAGCCAAGAAUCUCUUUCCAAGUAUGUUAUAAAUUGCUGAUAAGCAAUUAAAAUUUCUAUUUGAGAUGACAAGUAGUUAUCUCUGCUUAUGGACAUAUUAUUAAUACAACAGAAAAAUGGUUUAAUUGAUAGAAAAAGCUUCCAGUAAACCCAAGAAUUUCCUUUUUGCUGCACCCACAACCAAGAAAUUCUCAAAAAAUUUAAUGUGAGGCAUUAUAACAACUUACCUAAUCUAGCUUCUCAAUGUCAACUUUAAUCUUAAGAUUAAUUUUUUUUUUACUACAAACAGGAAAAUACUGCCUCCUAAUUAUUUUCUUCAGUGAUGAAAAUGGAAAAAUAUUUAUAUAUUAAUAUAUUUAUAUAUAUUAAUAUAAAAGGUUUUGUUUUGUUUGGAAAGAAUGGUAGCUUGCAUUUUCAGUUCUGAUUAUGCUGUUUGUUGAAUUAUUGAAUUAAAUUAUUGAAUCUGCUGGGUUUUAUUGGUGCAGCUGCCACUUAAGUGACAAAAGUGUUACAGAAAGGUACUAUGAAAUUAUUACUUUGUGGCAAGGACACUUUUAAACAUUGUUUGUUUCUACAAAGGUAGUUUGAGUUAAUGUAAAUAAUUGUGAAAAUCAUUGUUCCAAUAAUUUUAAGAUUACAUUAAUUUUCUAUAAAUUGUGAUAUUUAUAAAUGUUUGAAAUGAUACACGUUGAUAUUUAAUGAUAAAUUUACUUAAAAUAAAUUGACCCUCAUUCUUACUUGCAUUUCUCAUUUACAGACUAGAACUUAGAUCAAAGUUAAUUGAGAAGGAUGGUUCAGGAAACGUUCAGCUCAGCUGUUAGCCCUUGAUCAGGUACACACUGAAGAAUGAAUCAACAGCUAAAGAAGUAGUUUCUGGGAUGAUGAGCGCCUUACUUGUUCUGUCAAAAAAGACUACAUUGUCCCAUCUCAGCAUCCAGAAAAUGCCCUGAUGAGGUCAGCAGCUGUUCUCAAUAGGGUCUUGCAGUCAUGGCUGACCAUGACUUACUGGUUCACUCUAUGCUUCAGUUCCUCUCUACCUGGGUGAGUUGGUGGAGUCAAGUAUGCCAUUAUUCUCUGAACUCAGUCGCCAACACCUCAAUCUUUUGUUCUCCAGGUAAUCAGUAACAUAAAUAAUGCAUUUUUGCUUCUGUAAUAAUAUCUUAGAAUUUUUUAGUGUGUUUCUUUUUAAAUGCCUAAGUCUCAGUUCUUUGGCUUAUAGGUAUUUUGUAUCCUGUGAGAAUGAAGAAUGAUUGCAAUUUAGGAGGAACCAUGAAACAAAGAUGUCAUAGCACAGAAACUAUAACAGCAUUGGUAGUCAAGUAGGUAGUUUUUACCUCAUAGUAUCUAAUCAUAAAGAGAAGUGCAAAAUUUACUAUUUUUAUAGCUUUAAUAAGGUAUAAUUGAUAUAUAGAAAACUGUACAUAUUUAAUAUAUAUACUUUGAUGAGCUUGGACUUAAUGCACACACCCAUUAUCCCAUCACCAAAAUCAAGGUUAUAAAAAUACCAAUCAUCUCCAAAAAUUUCCUUGUGUCCCUUUGCUUUCUGUGUUUGUAUGUUUAAGAAUGCUUAACAUGAAAUCUACCCUCUUAAAUUUUUAAAUGCACAAUAGCGUAUUGUUAACUAUGGCACUAAGCUGUACAGAAAUCUCUAGGACUUAACCAUCUUGUGUAACUAACUUCACACCCAUUGAAUAAUUCCCCAUUUCCCCCCUCACCCCACUCCCUGCUAACCACCAAUCUCCUUUCUAUGUUUGACUUUUUAAGAUUCCACACAUAAAGUAAGAUUACACAAUAUUUCUUUUUGUGUCCAGUUUAUUUCACUUAGCAUAAGGUGUUACAGGUCCACUGAUGUUGCAGACAGUAGAAUUUCCUUCUUUUUAAGGCUGAUCAAGAUUCCAUUGUAUGUAUAUACCACAUUUUCUUUAUCCAUUCAUCUGUCAGUGGACAUUUGGAUUGUAUCUAUGUCUUGACUGUUGUGAAUAAUGCUGCAGUGAACCUGGGAGUGUAGAUAUCCUGAUUUUGAUUCUAGACAUAUAGAUAAAAGUAGAUUUGCUGGAUAAUAUGGUAAUUCUAUUUUUAAUUUUUUGAGGAAUCUUCAUACUGUUUUCCAUAGUGGCUGCACCAUUUUACAUUCCCACCAACACUGUAAAAGUGUUCCAAGAAUUAGUUUUUAACUAGAACUUUGUAAUAGCUUGUUAACUGUACUUUUUAAAUAAGGAAGUUUACUUGAUCUGUUCUUGCAAUCUAACAGUUCAUCAAGUCACAUAAUAGGCAUUACUGGAAAACUGAGUGAGUUUCAAAACCAACUUGAUUGCUACUUGAUCUAUACUUUAUAGGUACAUAUCUUAGCUCUGAUCUUACGUUAAAGGAUAAAAUGUGUUAAGUAUCACAGAUAAAGAACUCUCACCAGUGUUUCUAAAGAUUUCCCUGUCAUCAGAUUUAGUGAAAAUGACCUAUUAACUUAAAUUUGGAGACUAUAAAGAUAAAUAUUCUGAGAAGCAGAAGAUAGAGUAAAAACAAGUUGCUCAUGUUAGUCGGCUUUACCCCAAUAUGAAAUAAGAAGGUUUUUUACAAAGUUUUUAAAAACUAGUUGCUCAAUUAAUUUUAAUUAAUUUUUGGCCAUGCCACAUUGCAGUGCAGGAUGUUAGUUCUCUAAGCAGGGAUUGAAAUCUUGCCCCUUGCUGCAGAAACUCAGGGCCUUAACCACUGUACCACCAGGGAAGCCCCUGCAAAUCUAAAUUUUUGAGCUUAAAUUCAGAGGCCGCUGUACACGAAUGUUCAUGACAGCAUUAUUCAUAAUAGCGCAAGAGAAAACAACUGUCUUAUCAGUUGAUGAAUGGUAAAUGAAAGGUGAGAUAUCCAUACAAUGGAAUAUUAUUCACAUGUAAAAGUGAUAAGGUACCACACACAUACUACAAAAUAAAUGAAUCUUGAAAACAACGCAGUGUGAAAAAAGUCAUACAAAAAGUCACAUAGUGUAUGAUUCAGAUUGCAUGAAAUGUCCAGAAUAGACAAAUCCACAGGGACAGAAGGUGGAUUAGUGGCUGCCAGAGUCUGGGGGGGUGGGGUGCGGGGAGGGGAAAAGGGACAUGAUUGCUAAUGGACAGGUUUUCUUUUGGGGUGAUGAUUGCACAACUUUGUGACUAUACUAAAAACUGAAGCAUACACUUUAAAGGAGUGCAUUUUUAUGGUAUAUGAAUUAUACCUCAAUGAAAAUGUAAUUUGCAUUUAUGGAAAAUAAAUAAAUUUGACCAGUCCCUGACAGCAUGUGAGCUUAUAGUCUCUGAAAUGAACCCUUUGAAGGAAAUAAAUUUUAUUUGCUCCAAGAAAAUAUGGAGGUUAAUAAAUGUACCUCCUUUUUAUUUCACUUUCAUUAACUCUUUUUCAAGUAUCUAAUACUGGAAAUAAGAAAAAUCUUUUAUUUUUAUUUUUUUCCCAAUUAUUUUUACUAGUUGCAGGCUAAUUACUUUACAAGAAAAAUCUUUUAGUCACUAACACAUAAAAGAUUAUGAAGAAAUAGAAGAUCUGGGCUCCCAUUCAGCUUCCCAGGGAUUUUCAUGGUUUGUCCAAUAGAAUAUACUGAUCAAAAGGAUAUAGCUAACUCGUUUUCCCCAAAGACUUGGUAUGUGAGGAGGCAGUCUUCUGAACAUAUUAAGUAAAACAUAUUGCAAUAAUUACCAGUAACUUGACUUGUAGUUAAGAAACUGUGCUGUCUUAAUUUUCUUGAAGUUUAAUCUCAUCUUCUUUCUCCUCAAGCUCAUUUUAAACCUUCAGCCUUUUAUUAAUUUACCACCACGUCUCUUUCUUUACUACAGUGUUUAUAGGAGAAAACAAUGUCUGUUUGCCAUCUACUUCUUCCAAUAAUUGUAGAUUUAAUUCAAAUGAUAUUGAAUAUUUGCAAGUUCAUUCUCUACAUCACUGGUUUCUCAACAGCCAAGGGACCUCUUUGUAAAAUGAGCAUUCUUGUCGAUUUAAUUUUUUGAUCAAAUUGUUUGUUGGAAAUGAAUAAUAGUGUUCUUAGAAAAAUUGGAAAAUAGGUUAGAAAGAAGAGUAGAAAAUCAUCCAGACUCGUAAAUAAUACCUGUGGUUAUUUUAAUUUUUUCCCUAAACUUUAAGGUGGUAUUUUCACAAAUCUUGGAUAUUCAUAAAUGUUGUGUAAAAAUUUUAACCUGCCAAACAACACAAUGUAUCAUGUAUGUGAACACAUACAGUUGAAUUAGAAGUAUGAAACCUGGACAGGGAUGAUAGAUAACCAAGUUUUGGAUGGUGGUUACCUCUGGAAGGCAGAGCAUGGGAUCAGGCAAGAGACUUCACUGGAACCUGAAAAGUUGUGUUUCUUAAAAAAUUAAAAGAGUUAAAGCAAAUAUAGCAAAAUCUUAAGAUUUGACUGAGUGAUGGGAGUAUGGAUUUUUUUUUUUACUAUAUCCUCUACUUUUCUGUAUGCUUGAACUAUUUCAUAGUAAAAAGAUAAGGUGAAAAAAAAGACAAUGUAUCAUCGUCCUAAUUAUCUGUAUCAAAGUCCAUUAGUGUAAUCUUGUUUAUCCUGACACCUUUCCCAAUUAAAAGGGCUGAAAUCUUA